AUGACUACCAGAUUUAAAUUGAAUACCGGAGCAGAGAUCCCAGCGAUUGGCUUUGGGACUUGGCAAGACGAGCACGCUCAGGAAGAUGCCGUGGUCAACGCGAUCCAGGCUGGCUACCGGCACAUCGAUACGGCGCGAGUCUAUCUCACCGAGAAAGCUGUCGGUAAAGCGAUCAAGAAAAGUGGUGUUCCGCGCAAAGAUCUUUUCAUCACCACCAAGCUCUGGAACAACAAGCACCACCCAGACGACGUGGCUUCAGCGCUGCAGCAAUCCCUUAGCGAUUUAGAACUAGACUACGUGGAUUUGUACCUGAUGCAUUGGCCGGUUGCCUGGAAACGCGGAGAAGACCUAUUUCCGAAACAGAACGGCAACUACAUCUUGGAGAACAUCGAUAUCGUUGAUACCUACAAAGCAAUGGAAGCGCUGCUGAAAACCGGGAAAGUCAAAGCAAUUGGUGUCUCAAACUUCUCCAAGGCUGAGAUGGAGCGGCUCCUACAGAACACCUCCGUUGUUCCGGCUGUCCACCAGAUGGAGUGCCAUCCCUGGCUUCAGCAGAAUGAGUUCACAGCAUGGCACCGUGCUAAAGGGAUUCAUGUUACACACUAUUCUCCCUUCGGGAAUCAAAAUGCGUUAUAUGAUGACAAGGGUGUUGGGAAGCUGAUCGACGAGCCCAUCUUGGCUGAGAUUGGCAAGCAAUACGAGAAGAGCCCUGCUCAGGUAGCCCUCGCCUGGGGCGUCACUCAAGGGCACUCUGUCCUUCCGAAGUCCAAAACUCCGUCGCGAAUCAAGUCGAACCUUGAAGGCGACUUCAAACUGGGUCCCCAUGACAUGGAGAAAAUCCAGUAUAUCAACAAGAAGAUCCGAUUCAGUGAUGCUAGUGGGGAGUUUGGCCGAGAAUUCUUUACCGAUCUGGAGGGAAAAUAA